CUCGCUUUCCGCGGCGGUGAUUUGAGACGCGGCCGCGGUUAGCGAUACAGGGAGUUGUCGACUCGGCCCUAAGUUUUUUUUUUGUUUUUUUUCCUCCGCUUCCCGGACCGAACAAGAAACUAAAGUUGUGUUUUGUGUUCGCGGCUGUAGCUCCGCCGCCGGAAUGAAAUGUUGCUGCGUCGAUGAUUCGAAAGAUUCCAUAGAGGUCCUGUCCGGUGAGUCUGAGCAGAGACCGGCACCCCAGUUCCAUGAUUCAGUCCAACUCGCCUCGGCACCAUGUCUUAGCACCCUGCCGUCUUCCCCCAGUUCCAGUGUUCCUUACAGAGAAAUGAGUCUGAAUCAGACCCAGGACUUGGAGCGGGAUCUCCCCUCCUCCUCUUCCGUCAGAAAGACGCCAAAAAAGCGGGGCAUCUCGCUUCGUUCCCUUUUCCGAAGACGCCGCUUGGACCCGAAGUCUUGCAAAUCGCGAGCGUUGGCUGGCGGUGUGGAUGGCAUCGCGAGCGUCGAGAGUGUUGUCCAGUCGGAAAUGCAGCAGCAGCAGCAGCAGGAAGUAGCAUCCACGUCCACGUCAUCCUCCGCAUCCUCUGCGUCUUCCGAGUUCCUGGAAUGUCCUCUCUGCCUGCUGCGCCAUGCCCGAGACCGCUUCCCUGACAUUAUGACGUGUCAUCAUCGCUCAUGCGCCGACUGUCUGAGGCAGUACCUGCGCAUCGAGAUCUCGGAGAGCCGCGUGAACAUCAGCUGCCCUGAGUGCUCCGAGCGCUUCAACCCCCACGACAUCCGCAUGAUCCUCGGAGACCGCGCCCUCAUGGAGAAGUACGAGGAGUUCAUGCUCAGGAGGUGGCUCGCUGCUGACCCUGACUGUCGAUGGUGCCCCGCCCCUGACUGCGGCUACGCGGUGAUCGCGUUCGGCUGUGCGAGCUGUCCGAAGAUCACGUGCGGGCGCGAGGGAUGUGGAACGGAGUUCUGUUAUCACUGUAAACAGCUGUGGCAUCCCAACCAGACCUGUGACGCAGCGAGACAGCAGCGAGCUCAGAGUCUGAGACUGAGACCGUUCAGAUCCUCCUCACUCAGCUACAGCCAGGAGAGCGGCGCUGCUGCAGAUGAUAUAAAGCCUUGUCCCCGCUGUGCUGCUUACAUCAUCAAGAUGAACGACGGAAGCUGUAAUCACAUGACCUGCGCAGUGUGCGGCUGCGAGUUCUGCUGGCUCUGCAUGAAGGAGAUCUCGGACUUGCACUACUUAAGUCCUUCAGGCUGCACGUUUUGGGGUAAGAAGCCGUGGAGCCGGAAGAAGAAGAUCCUGUGGCAGCUGGGAACGCUGGUCGGAGCGCCCAUCGGCAUCGCGCUGAUCGCAGGCAUCGCCAUCCCAGCCAUGACCAUCGGGAUCCCGGUGUACGUGGGCAGGAAGAUUCACAGCCGCUAUGAAGGCAAGGAAAUCUCAAAGCACAAGAAGAACCUGGUGAUCGCUGGCGGAGUCACGCUGUCCGUCAUCGUCUCACCCGUGGUGGCUGCCGUAACCGUCGGUAUUGGCGUGCCCAUCAUGCUGGCGUACGUGUAUGGUGUGGUUCCGAUCUCUCUGUGCCGUAGUGGAGGGUGUGGCGUGUCAGCGGGGAACGGAAAAGGAGUACGCAUCGAAUUCGACGAUGAAAAUGACAUGAACGUGGGCGGAGGUGCAGCAGCAACAGACAGUACGUCGGUGGCAGAGACGAGGCAGAACGCGAGUAUUGGAGGUAGUGUCGGCGGACUGACGGGCAGCCUGAGUGCCAGUGGGAGUCACAUGGAGCGAAUCGGAGCCAUGCGGGACAACGUGAGCGAAAAUGCCAGCACCAUGGCGCUCACAGGAAGUCUGUCGGGCAGCACUGUGGGCCACUGCUUCAACAGGCUGGAAGUUCAGGCUGAUGUGCAGAAGGAGCGCUGUAGUCUGAGCGGAGAGUCCGGGACGGUCAGCCUGGGGACAAUCAGUGACAACGCGAGUACCAAAGCCAUGGCUGGGUCCAUCCUCAACACGUACAUGCCUCUAGAGAGAGAGGGCAGCAGUAUGGAGGUGCAGGUGGAUGUGGAGUCUAAACUCGGGAAGCUGCGACACCACAGCGGCAGCAGCAGCAUGGAGGAGGGCAGCACCGGGGGCCGAGGCACCUGCCCCUCCACCUGCCCCCACGAGGGCAAAUACGGCUCGGGGAAGAAGAGCAAAGGCAAGAUGCGCAAGAAGACGGGCAGCACGAAGAUCAACGAGACGCGGGAGGACAUGGACGCGCAGCUGCUGGAGCAGCGCAGCACCAACUCGAGCGAGUUCGACUCCCCGUCUCUGAGCGGCAGCCUGCCCUCCGUCGCCGACUCGCACUGCAGCCACUUCUCCGAGUUCAGCUGCUCCGACCUCGACGGCUCCCGACCCCCCAACGCCAUCAGCCCUCUUCCCGAGGUGGAGAACGACAGGCUGGAGAACUGCCCCGCCCCCCUCAGCCCGGAGAGCUCGCCGAAAGAACGCAAUAACAACAUCGCUCCUCAACCGAGCACCCCGGCACGUAACGUCUGUAUUCAAACUGAGAUUUAGCGCCUGCGCUAACCAAUGCUAGCUUUCGAUCCUAAUCUGAGGUUGCACAUGCACACACACACGCACACUUACAGUUUCAUAAUCCGAUUUUAAAAGAUUCUGCAACUCUUCACUUUCAGGUGUGAUGAUGAUGAUGACAACAGGAAGUGACUGCAAGGACUGGGGUGGUUUAAAGCGAUUGGUUUUGACAGGAUGUUACAGCAGGUGACUGAUGUAGCUGUCGGUCACGUUAACGCCUCUCUCUGUCCGAGGCUCAUGAAUCACAACACGUCUGCGUGUACGCUCGGAGUGUGUGCCGAUAUUCAGUCGCCAUAUCCGUGUCAGGACCACGCCCCCCGAUUACAAUAUAAAUACGUCGAUUUAUUUAUUUACAUUUCUUCACUCACUCACACAAGAUUAAUUACGAUUAUGCAGUGGUUUCUAUGGUUAUGUCUCUAAACUACACAUUUUCAUAUAACUCUUUCGUUACCGAUAAUGUAUGGCUGCGUAGCAACGGGGUUCUGUUUGACUGGAUCUGCAUCUUGGUGUAUUUAAAAAAAAAAAAAGAGGAAAGUCUCGGUGUAUUAACACUUCCUGGCCAAUUGAGCAUUAAUUUGUGAAUUGUAUUUAAUUUUGUUGUUCUGGUUAACGGUGAAACGGUGCUCCUUGAAGAAACAGGUUCAGGGUUCCUCAAGGGUUCCAGAAAAGCCAUGUGUUCUGAUGAGGAAACAAACCAAAGACCCCCCUCCUGUCCUGAGGUGGAGUGUUUUUGUGGUAUUUUUGGUCUGUUACUCAUUUUAGAGUCCGAUGUCAAUACUGUGUGUUAAUUAGAUCACGAUGCGUCGCUGAUUAUCGGCACAUGUGCGUGCACGCGUGCGCACACUCUUCUACAAGCCCGGUUCGCUCUGUGGUUGGAGGCGCCUUUUUUUUUUUUUUAAAAAUCUGUAACGUUAUCUGAGAAGUGUGUGUGUGUGGGAUGUUGAUGUUCUGGAGAUGUUCUAAUGUUUCCUCAGAGGGACCAGCAGGAGAUUGAGCAGAUUUUUUUUUUUUUUAUUAAUUAUAUAUAAAUGUUUUUUUUUCUUUUAUUUUCCAUUUUGGGAAAGGUCGUUAUGCACCACAGCCCUGUGUGGGGGUCUAAACUUGUAACGCAGAAUAGGACCAAGCGAUGACGCAAAUUCAGUCAUAUCAUGAAUCACUUUAAAAAUAAACACUUUUUUUUUUUUUUUUUCUUCUCCGUUUUGGAAGGAAACGGAUAUCGGAGAUGAGUGUGAGGAGCUUUGCUGCAUCGCUCGGUCCUUGGGUUUGAUCAGUUCGUUAAUUUGCUAGACCGGUUUGUUCAGAUCAGAAGGAUCCUCUUAAUUCUCUGAUUUAAGAAUUUUACAGCUUCAAGGCUAUGACGGUACACACACACACACACACACACACACACACACACACGUGUUCAGGUCAGACAUGAUUAAUACGUAAUUCUGGGUUUGUACUCAUUUAGACUCAUGGUGCCUUUUGGAUUUAAAAAAGUCUAUUCGAGUUCCUCCAUUCUGUUUCUUUCAGAAUUAAAAAUAAAGAGAAUCAAAUCCA